UACUUUAGUUCAGAGAGCAUAAGGCAGGGUCUAGCCAUAAGACAAGUCAUGCAGCAUUCACUAAUUCUACUGUUAUUGCUGAUAAUUCCUUUUGGGUCCCUUAGACCAGUUUCAGAAGAAAAUGAUACAGCAGAAAUCAAUGCAUCUCCUAUCAUACAGCCACGAGGCAGGAAAAUUGAAACACCUCUUCAAAUUGAUGCAGAACAAUUUAAGCUUGCAGGGGAAUAUCUAAUAGAAUUUGGAUACCUCCCUGAUGAGAAUCUCACUGAAUAUGUAGUUCCAAACACCCAAUUUAUAUCUGAGGACCAGCUUCCAGAAGAGUUCAUCAGUGGCCUGGAAUGGUUUCAGAGACAGAAUGGACUUAUAGUAACCGGAAGACUAGAUGCAGAAACAACAGAGGCAAUGAAACUUCCUCGAUGUGGAAAGCACGAGCAGCGUAUGUCAUACAAUCUGGGUGCCAAAUGGAAGAAAGAUACAUUGACAUAUAAAAUCAUUAACACCACUGCCUUGAUUCCAGAAAAAAUGGUCAGAGAAGAGUUAGUAAAAGCAUUAAAGGUUUGGGAGAAUGUGUCGCAUCUAAAUUUUAUUGAAGUGGGUAUUAGCCAAACAGCUGAUAUGGACAUAUUCUUUGUCUCUGGUCUGCAUAACGAUGGCUCUAAGAAUGCUUUUGAUGGUCCAGGUCGUGUUUUGGGCCAUGCAUUCAUGCCUCCAAUGAGUAAAAAGAAGGACAUAGAUGGGGACCUACAUCUGGAUAAUGAUGAGAAAUGGACAAUUAAUGAGAAGAAAGGUGUGAACCUUCUCCAGGCUGCUGCACAUGAAAUUGGACAUGCUCUGGGUCUAGAUCAUUCCACAGUCCCAGGGUCUCUCAUGGCCCCAACAUAUAAAGGUUAUAACCCAAAUUUCCAGCUUCACAAAGAUGACAUUGAAGCUAUUCAGGCUUUGUAUGGAAAACCUCUUGCAAACGUCAAUGUUAGCCAAUCUUCACUUGGCAAAGAGAAUAGUUCCAAAGUUGCAGUCACCAAAGAUGUGAAAAUCAGUUCUAAUUACACUAUAAAUGAGAAAGACAACAGCCAAGCACCAAAGAAACAACCAUUGAUUAAAGUAUGUGGUGAAGAAUCAAUCGACACAUUUGUAUCCACUAAAGAGGGUUUGGUAUUUUUGUUCAAAGGUGAAUAUUUUUGGGAGCUGAGUCAUGGGAAGCUUCCAAUGACUCCCAAGAAGAAUUACCCACAACUAAUUUCUACUAAGUGGAAAGAGCUCCCCCCUUCAAUUGAUGCUGCUAUUAGAAUGCAAAACCCGACUGUGGACCAAGAUGGGAAGAUUUUCUUCUUUAAGGGGAGAAAUUACUGGAAGUACGAAAAUGAUCAAAUGGAGCCAGGCUACCCAAAGUUAAUAAAGGAUGGAUUCCCAGGUGUUCCAAACAAUCUGGAUGCUGCAUUCACUCAACCUGCUAUUGUAGUCAAAGGAGGCAAAGUUAUUAGAGAGGAAAGACUCUUCUUUAUUAAAGGAAAAAAGUUCUUCUUAUAUGACCCAGUAGCUGGAAAUAGCUCCAGUCCUCAGUCACUUCAAGAAAACUGGGUGGGGAUAAAGUUGCCAAUCACUGCAGCCCUAAGCUUAAAGAAUGAGAUGUUCCUCGUUGGCAAGAAGACAUUUCAGAAGAUCCUUUUGCUGACAUAUACCCAGGAUAGAGUGUUUGGCAACAUACACCAGCAAAAAAAAAUAGAUACACUUCUUGCUUGCGAGUCUACAAAAGCUUAGAGAUAAUAGAAUCUCCUACAUUUGUAUUAUAUUAAUUAUAAGUGCACAUGUCAUAACAUACAGAACUGACAAAUAUUGAUAAACACUGGAACUAGAAUAUAUUUUGAAAGUAAAAAUUUAGAAAUCAUACUGUCUUUAUCCUUUGUUAAAUAUGCCAACAUCCACAUGUAUGUUUGAUGCUAUUAUUUGAAUAUAAAAAUGCAAAUCCCCAUGCAUGUGAAUAAAGACACAUUUUCUGAAUAAAGAUGAAAAUUGAUAA